AUGUCAAUGGCAGGAUCGUUGAUCACCACAAUAGAUUCUGAGGAAACAAAUAUUAGUGAGAAAACUCGGCACGUAUCAUUGAUUGACAAUAUUAAUUUUUUCUCUGAAAUUCCAACUUCCUCAUCUAAAGCCAGUAGGAUACGAACACUUAUUUUGCAUGAUAAACUCAGGGAUUUGCAAGUGUCAUGUGAAGUAGUCUUUUCAAGUUUGAAGUUCUUGCGAGUGCUGGAUUUACAUGAAAGUCAGCUUGAUUUAGUACUGAGUUCCAUAUGUAAGUUGAAGCAUUUAAGAGAUCUUGAUCUUUCACAGAAUUCGAAAAUCGAGAAGCUGCCUGAUUCCAUAAGUAGAUUGCAAAAUUUGUAUUCACUAAGACUCUCUGGUUGCUAUAGGCUUAAAGAAUUGCCUAGAGGAAUUACGAAAUUAGUCAACCUCAGGCAUCUUUACAAUGAUGAAUGUGAUAGUUUGACUUAUAUGCCACGUGGAUUGGGGCAAUUGAAAAAUCUUCAGACAUUAUCUACGUUUCAUUUCCCCUCUGAUUCGGCCCCAGAGGAUAUUGGCCAGUUAAGCGAGCUAAAUACACUAAAUAGCUUAAGAGGAGAAUUACAGAUUUUGCGUUUGAGACAUGGGGAAGACAUCGCAUUAUUAGACUAUAAGGGUGCAAAUCUAAAGGAGAAAGAACAUCUUCAGGUUUUGGCUUUAGAUUGGAGCAGAGGAAAUGAAGAAAAUGUUAAUGCACGUGAUGAAAAUAUGGCAUUGGAAGGCCUUGAACCUCACCCAAAUCUUAAAAAGUUGUACAUACAUUAUUAUGGGGGUGUGAGGGUUCCGAUGUGGCUUUUGUCACUCACAAAUCUUGUUGAUUUGGAAAUAAGUGAUUGUAGGAAAUUGAAAUAUUUGCCACCAUUGAGUCAACUACCCUCUCUUAAGAGUCUUACGCUGUACAAACUUGAAGAAAUAGAGUACGUAUCAGAUUGUAGUGACAACAAUGAGUUAUCUUCUUUUUCUUCAUCAGCAGAAUUCUUCCCGUCGUUGGAGAAAAUUGAGUUCGAACACUGUCAUAAUCUGAAGGGUUGGUGGAGGAGGAGUGAUUCUUAUAAUGUGGAUGUCAAUACUACUGAUCAUGAAAAUUCCUUUGAAACACCAUCAAUCACGAGGCAUGCUUUACUAUUCCCACGUCUUUCAAGAUUACAUGUACGGGAUUGCCAUAUGUUGACUUCAUUGCCAAUGUUUUCACAUCUUGUUUAUUUGAAAUUAGAGCGUUGUAGGAGAUUGAAAUAUUUGCCACCAUUGAGUCAACUACCCUCUCUUAAGAGUCUUACGCUGUACAUUCUUGAGGAAAUAGAGUACGUAUCAGAUUGUAGUGACAACAAUGAGUUAUCUUCUUUUUCUUCAUCAGCAUUCUUCCCAUCCCUGGAGGAAAUUGUCAUCAGUUUCUGUCGAAAUCUGAAGGGUUGGUGGAGGAGGAGUGAUUCUUAUAAUGUGGAUGUCAAUACUACUGAUCAUGCUUUACUGCUAUUUCCUCGUCUUUCAAAAUUAAUGAUAUUGCGUUGCCCUAUGUUGACUUCAUUGCCAAUGUUUCCACAUCUGAAAGAACGGUUAAUCCUAUGGAAUGCCAGGUGGAAGCCAGUGCAACAAACAAUAACGAAUGCCUCCUCCUCCUCCGCUUCCUCUACACCCAUUGCCUUUUCAUCUCCUCCUCUCUCCAAAUUGAAGACAAUAAUCUUAAAUCAAAUUAAGGAUCUAGAAACACUUCCAGAGGAUGGGUUGCAAAACCUCAUAUCUCUCCAGCAUUUGUCUAUAUUUGACUGCCAAAGAUUAAAGUCUCUCUCCCGAGGGGUACAAUAUCUCACUGCACUUCAGGAACUGAGGCUUUCUAAUUGUCCCAUGCUUGAUCUAGGCAACGAUGAGCACGAUAUGCAAUGGAAAGGGCUUAAAAGCCUCAUCUCUUUGAAGUUUUCGGGUAUGUCAAAAUUGGUGUCUCUCCCAUUGGGGCUUCAACAUGUUACAACUCUACGAGAGCUCGAAAUCUCAGAUUGUUCGAGCUUGGUGGUUAUACCAGAGUGGAUCUGCAAUUGGGCAUCACUUGAGCAGUUGACAAUUUAUAGUUGCUCUGGUUUAACAUCACUGCCUGAAGCAAUGAGUUGGCUAACCUCUUUGAAAACGUUGGAAAUUCAAGCUUGCCCCAUCUUAUUACGAAGAUGCGAACUUGGAGGUGAGGAUCGGCCCAAGAUUGCUCACAUCCCAAAGCUGGACUUUUGUCUUCGUCCUUGGCUUGGCUGAUCCAGAAACGACUUCGAGUGAAGAAGAACAGAGGAGAGGGAUUGAGAGCUUGUUAAAAAAAUCUAAUGCACUGCGACUUCUACAAGAGAAUAGUAAUGAGGCGGAAGAAGAGCAAAGGGAAGAAAUAUAGGAGGGAGUUGCGGAGGAGAUCCAGGACUGGAAUCCCCAGCUCGCAAUGUUGAGGCUGUGUAAUUUCACGACAACAAUUUCAACAGAGCCUGCAUGUUUCUUAGCGUGGAAAGUGAUGGCAACGAUGAGCACGGGAUGCAAUGGAAAGGGCUUAAAAGCCUCAUCUCUUUGGAGUUUACGGGUAUGCCGAAAUUGGUGUCUCUCCCUUUGGGGCUUCAACAUGUUACCUCUCUACGACGGCUCCAAAUCUCAGAUUGUUCAAGCUUGAUGGCUAUACCAGAGUGGAUCUGCAAUUGGGCAUCACUUGAGCUGUUCACAAUUUCUAGAUGCAAUGGUUUAACAUCACUGCCUGAAGCAAUGAGUAGGCUAACCUCUUUGAAAAAGUUGACAAUUCAAGAUUGCCCCAUCUUAUUACGAAGAUGCGAACAAGAGAGAGGUGAGGAUUGGCCCAAGAUUGCUCACAUCCCAGAGCUGUUGUUUUUACCUUGGUCUUUGGUUCGUGACUGAUCCAGGAAACGACUCUGAGGAAAGAAGAAACAGGGGAGAGGGAUUGAGAGUUUGUUAAAAAAUCUAAUGCACUGCGUCUUCUACAAAAUAGUAAGGAGGCGGAAGAAGAGCAAAGGGAAGAAAUCUAGGAGGGGGUUGCGGAGGAGAUCCAGGACUGGAAUCUGGAGCCCGCAAUGUUGAGGCUGUGUAAUUUCACGACAACAAUUUCAACAGAGCCUGCAUGUUUCUUAGCGUGGAAAGUGAUGACUAUCUCAUAUGUCUAAACUUACGGGGAUGAUUUUUCAUUUGCAAUUUGGAGCACAUGUAUAUAAAGUUGGUCAUAGCUGCAUGAUGGAUGAUGUGACCAAUUGCUUUGAACUCCUUUCAUAUGUGCAUGCUCUCCAAGAACAUUUUCUGUCAUUCAAUGAUCUUAUAGUUGGCUGUUGCAUAGAAAAUGAGGAUUUUCUACUAAUGUUGGGCUACAAAAUAUUCUGGUUUUCUUCAGAUGGGAGACACCUCUCGAUAAUUGCCUACCCAGGUUUUGGCCACUUCAAAGUCAUCGGUACCUGAAUUUUGCAAAUCUUAUCCAAAGUAAAAAUCCAUCCAAGGCGUAAGGAAUUUGAUGAACAUGAGAGAGAAAUAGAGAAACUGGAUGCUCCAAGCCAGGCCGUCAGCUAACUUGGUUUGCUUUUCUGAAAACAUGGAAGAAACAAAAUUUUAAAAACCCAUCAAGGGAAAAAAUGUCCUCCCAAAUUUCAGCAAAUCUCCUUGAAAUUGUGGUCGAAACUAGGGGUCAUUUGAAGAAGGAUUGUCGCUUUUAGGCAUUAUGGUCCUAGAUAUAAUCAUGAGGUUGAUGGAGGAGCUGUUUAAACUUGAUGGAGAUAUUUUAUAAUUCCAAUCUCAGACUGAGCAAAUUUAUUGAAAGAUAUUCCUUGACAUCUGCAAA